AUGGAACGUUCUCUGUUUGUUAUCCUCCUCGGAUUGCUCGUUGCAGGCUUGGCAAUCAAUUAUAAUUCCAAAUAUUCGACAGAGGUUUUUGCCUUUAGAUCGGUAUUUAAUGGACUUGUUUAUUUCAACAAAUAUUUUGGUAUGAAGGAAGGUGAUCCUACAACACAAAUGUAUGGUGUAACCACUCAAAAUUGGAAACAUUUAUCUGUGGAAGCUCAAACUUAUUUCAACUUGAUCCGUUUUAACAAUGCUAAAAAAGUUAAUGAUCCUGUUAUUUUACGUCAAAAUGUGAAUUUAAAUAUGGCUCCUCCUAUUAGUCUUUAUAAUGUAUUGGAAAAGGAAGAAGUGUCAUCACUCCGUAAUUCAAAAUUUGUUAAACUUCGUGAUAGUUUUUAUUUGGAUUUUGGAAAAUCAAAGACUGCCAAGACAAUGUUGUUGAUUCAUGGUGGAGGUGGAUUUGCUGGAGUUCAUGAUGGUUUGCAAAUCAGAUCUAUUGUAGAAUUCAUGUCAAAUCGUUUGAAUAGUUCAUUGUUAAACAUUCUUUCUGUAAAUUAUAGAAAGAUGCCUCUCACUGAUGUUGAAAAGAAAGACAAUAAGAAUUUUGCUUCCAGUUUUUCCGAGCAAGUUAAUGACGCUUUGGAAGCUUACAAAUGGCUCAUAAAUGAAAAGAAUGUCAAUGCUAAGGAUAUAGUUAUUAUGGGUGACUCAUUUGGAGCUGGUAUUGCUUCUUCACUUUUGCUUCGUAUAGCUGAAGAUCAACAAUUGGAUAUGCCUUCAUCUGCCAUCCUUAUUUCAGGUGUAUACGACCUGAGCGGACAAAUGGCUGCUUCAACAAUGAAUGAAAAGAAUAACCUCUUGUGUACACGUGAAUUGUUGGCUGUCAUGGAAAAACUUUAUAAGACUGAAACUAAUCUUUCCCCAUUGAAUACAUGGAAAAAUGCUAACAAGAGAGUUCACUCAACCAAAUUAUUGGCCGUCUACAGUAAGGACGAAGAGUUUACUGCUGAAAGUGUCAAGUUUUUGGAAGUUUUGAAUGAAAUUGAGCACCCAUCUGUCAAGGUAAUUGUUGAUGAAAUGAUGCCACACAUUUAUCCAUUGUUGAGCUAUUAUAUUCCUGAAGCCAGAGCAACAAUGCAACGUAUUAUCGAUUUUAUUGAUGAAUAA